CAACUAAUAUUAAUAUAGAAAUGUCGCGGAAUAGAGGAGGUGAUUAUUUCUCCGUUUCCCCACCUUCUGGUUAUUAUUCUUCAAGAAUUAUAUCACAAAAUACUGGCGGAAUUCUUUCCCGAUCGAUGGAAGAUCAGCGCCAUUUACCUUUAACUGCUGCUGAUAGAGCUAUUUAUAGACCUAAAAAGGAAUAUUAUACUGGAGAAUUAUUCGGUGACGACAUUAUAAAAAAUAAAAUAAGAGGUGCAAGUGUUGGUGAUAGAUAUUAUAGGAGUAGUUCUGCUGAGAGAAUUGGAGGUAUAACAGUUGUCCCAAUUCGUCGUGAAGCAACAUUACCUGCUAGAAGAUUCCAUUCAGAAUUGAGAAGUGAAUUGAAAAGGGAAGGAAUUGACGAUAUUUAUGGAAAUGUAGGUAAACAACUACAAUCUUACGGAGGGAAUUUUGAUCGGUAUUCAACAUAUGAUAAAAGACAACAACAAAAUUAUGACCGUCCUUUGGUAAUUAAUCUAAAUUAA